CGCGGGGACAGAAAAUCUCGUUACAUAGUAUAUAUACUCCUAGCCCAGUUCCAUACGUUCUCAGUUCCAAGAACUCUGUGGUGUUCUUCUCCCCUAAAAAUAAAACUCUCUCUCUCUCUCUCUCUCUCUCUCUCUCUCUGGUGUUUCUUCCUUGGUUUUCUGUUUUCCCCUUUUCGUCUUCCCCUGUUUAUAUUCAUCGGUGUUCUCUUCUUUAAUAAGCCAUGGGAACUCAGGGUCCUGCUAAUUCCAAUUAUACCCCCAACAAUGCUGACUCACGGACAGCGAAAGAGAAGGCAAUCGACGAAUGGCUUCCAAUCACUUCUUCAAGGAACGCAAAAUGGUGGUACUCGGCUUUCCACAAUGUCACUGCCAUGGUUGGAGCUGGAGUUUUGGGUCUACCUUACGCCAUGGCAGAGCUAGGAUGGGGUCCUGGAGUAGCUGUGCUGGUUAUAUCAUGGGUUGUCACUUUGUACACAUUGUGGCAAAUGGUUGAGAUGCAUGAGAUGGUUCCUGGGAAGCGAUUCGACAGAUACCAUGAGCUGGGACAGUACGCGUUUGGCGAGAAGCUCGGUCUGUACAUUGUGGUGCCACAGCAACUCGUCGUCGAAGUGGGUGUGAACAUAGUCUACAUGGUGACUGGAGGGAAAUCACUCCAUAAAUUCCACGCGUUGGUGUGCAAUGACUGCAAAGACAUCAAGCUUACCUACUUCAUCGCGAUCUUUGCCUCUGCCCAUUUCGUGCUUUCCCAUCUUCCCAACUUCAACUCCAUCUCUGGUGUCUCUUUGGCUGCUGCAGUCAUGUCCUUAAGUUACUCUACUAUUGCUUGGGCUGCUUCAGCUAAUAAGGGUGUCCAACCGAAUGUUGAUUAUUCCUACAAAGCCACUACCACAAUUGGAAAAGUUUUCAACUUCUUUAGUGCCUUGGGGGAUGUGGCCUUUGCCUAUGCCGGUCACAACGUGGUUUUAGAGAUUCAAGCAACAAUCCCUUCCACGCCUGAGAAGCCUUCCAAGGGCCCUAUGUGGAAGGGAGUGAUUGUUGCCUACAUAGUUGUGGCCUUGUGCUACUUUCCUGUAGCCCUAAUCGGGUACUAUAUAUUUGGGAAUGAAGUUGACGACAAUAUCCUAAUCACACUGGAGAAACCCACCUGGCUUAUUGCGAUGGCCAACUUGUUUGUUGUUAUUCACGUCAUUGGAAGCUAUCAGAUUUAUGCAAUGCCGGUGUUUGAUAUGAUAGAAACUGUUCUCGUGAAGAAAAUGAAUUUCAGGCCCACCUGGUAUCUUCGCUUUAUCACACGAAAUAUAUACGUGGCAAUCACAAUGUUUAUCGGCAUGACCUUCCCUUUCUUUAGCGGCCUUCUAUCGUUCUUUGGAGGAUUUGCGUUUGCCCCGACCACAUACUUUCUGCCUUGCAUCAUGUGGCUUUCCAUCUAUAAACCGAAGAAGUUCAGCGCGUCUUGGUGUGCUAACUGGGUCUGCAUUAUACUCGGAGUUAUUUUGAUGAUUGUGUCUCCCAUUGGAGGGCUAAGGACUAUAAUUAUUCAAGCAAAGACAUAUAAAUUCUACUCUUAAGAGAAUGUUCUUGAGCCAAGAGGAAGUGGUCUAAAACCCC